UCAUAAAGACUGACAGUCACUCAGCUCUCAGAGGUCAGCAGGACGGCCAAAAUCCUCCAUCACUCUGAUAUCUGAUGAAGAGUCGACGGGAAGAAGAGAGCCGGAUGAUUCUGUCUUCAACUUCAAUCGCUUCACUCGAUGAGAGAACUGAAGACAAAGUACAAAGAAAGAGAGGCCGAAGGAGCCCAGGGCUCCAUCUAACCCCCCGAUGAAGGCGUUUGUGCAGAAGAUGCGAACCCCCCGCCUCUCCUUCCUCCAGACCAUGGUCUCCCUCUUCAUGGCCACCUCCGCCCUCCUGUCCUCCUACUGGUGCGAGGGGCAGCAGAAGGUUCCCAAACCGCUGUGUUCUCCGGUCAAACACAAAAACUGCAUCCCCGUCCCCGGCAUCGCCAACGCCUCCGACAUCCAGUUCUCCUGGGAGACCGGAGACGACCGCUUCGUCUUCCCCACCUUCCACACCGGACUCUUCCUCAUCUGCGAGGAGAACAUCUACAAAGACGCCUGGGAGGAGAAAUGCAGAGGGUUUUAUACUUUGACUCCGGGAUCUGAAAAAGCGAUGAUGUGGCUGUCUCUCACGAUGGAGAUCAUGUACGUGGCUCUGCUGAUGAUCAGCUGCACUCUGCUGUCGGUGCAGCUCUGCAUCCGGACCUGCUGCCCGUCCACUCAGCGCUGUGGGCAGCUGCUCAACGCCUUCGCUGCUCUCUCCACGGUCCUGGGAGGUCUGCUUGGGAUGGUGGGUCACAUGAUGUUCAUGCAGGUGUUUCAGACCACCGCCUCGAUGGGACCAGAAGACUUCAAGCCUCACAGCUACGGCUACUCCUGGGCCUUCUACACGGCCUGGUGUGCCUUCACGGUCUGCAUGUCAGCCGGAGUCUCCACCCUCAACAACUACACCAAGAACGUCCUGAUGGUCGGACCGCGACGCCUCUCCAGUCUCAACGCCUGCAGCUUCAACUUUGUGGGUUUGCUGCCUCCUUACUACAGCUCCGUCAACCCCACCCUCAACCCUCCCCCGUCUCCCCCCCGGAUCUCCCACUUGUCUCCGUACUACAAAACCCCGUUGGAAGAUUUACCGUCCGCCGGUCAAAGGCACUCCGACAACCUGCCUCCUCUUCCUCACUCCAACUCCUUCCCUCCCCCUCCCUCCCACCAUGCCUCUGCUACCUCGAUCCAUCGCCUCUCGCUACCUUCUCCGGCUCCACCACACCCCCCCUCUGUCUCGCCCCGCUUCCCGCUGCCGGGACACCAGGAGAGCCGCUACGAUCCGGGAGAGGACUACAGCCCACUGUGAACUGUACUGCAUAUAUCCAAGAUGGAGUCUUUCUACGACUGCAGCACUUAUUUGCCAUAGAGUGGUGCAGCGAUGACGUUAGUUAGCAUCUCCCUGGUUCCCUCGACAAAAAGCCAACGGGAUGUUUCCAUUGGAUUUUGGAAUAUAGCAGAAAAUUAGCUCUGUGACAAACAAAAGUUGACACGUUUCGUACCACAGGAAAAUCUCCACAUAUUAACACCACUUCUAUAGUAGUUGAAGUGUACGUUUGGUUGUCCGGAAGUAAAAAGCUAACGUUAGGCUACAAAGGAACUACAUCACGGUCACAUGACUUCACGUCGGCACUGCUAAGCUAAAGGCGGCUAAUGUUCUGGGCUGAUCCAGGCUUUUAGAAAGUGAACCAGAAGUUAAAGCAAAUUGUUAUAGUGGCCAAAUGGUGGUACUACAUCUUCAGUGUGACAUCAUUUUGCACCAAAAUAAAGGUUAUCUGUUGACUCACAUUGGGAAAUCAGCUGAUAUUAUUGUUUACUUAAUUCAACUCCUCGUUACGAACCCUUUAAAUAGCUCAUAUUUGGGCCUAAAAAUUGUAAAACGUGCUAUUAGCCAAAUCCAGAGUUCUUUUCCAGCUCCGAGACCGGCCAUGGGGGCGGGAAAGAGGCGGAGCUUAAGGAAAAUGAAAGUGUGCAUGCUUUAAGGACCCAAUGGAUGCAGAAGAUUGACGUAAAGGUAUUGUCGUUCUCGGAAGACAAGUCAAUUUGGCUUCAUGCACCACUGAGCAACUUUCAUAGGAAUGAAAGGGUUACCUCCUCCAAUGAUGUUCUCUGUGUCCAUGAGGCUCCCUCCACAAGAAGCCAAUUGGAUUUUGAAUAUUGCAGAUUAUAGGAUCCUUGUCAAACACGUUUUUGAUGUUUAUACGUUUUGUUUGGAUAACGCCAGAUCUUAGAACCACGUUAAAAAAACAUUGACUUUGAGACGAAGGAACCGGAAGUCGUAAAACGCUGACUCAUUUCCAGGUUUUAGGACUCAUUCCUGCACCACUCUAUUAAAUGUUCAUUAAAGUCUAAAUAUACAUGGUGAGCAGUCCAGUGACCAAACGAAUCAGACACUAAAUUCUGAUAGAGGGAAGUUUAAAUGCACCAUUGUUUUGUAAACUAAAUAUCCCGUAUUGUUUAGAAAGACUCUUUGUUUUUA